AUGCCGCACCAGCCGCGGAUGGUUCCGCUGAGCCAUCUCCGCCUGCUCUCCGCCGUCGUCGCCGCGCUGGUUCUGUCACCCGCAUGUGUGCGCUCCCCGCCACUCGCGCGCGCGCAGCUCUGGGCCAAGUCGCAGCUGGCGUUUCUGACGGAGUGCCAAGCGGCAUGGAAGCGCAGUCUGAGCGGAUGGGACGCGACCUCCAACUGCAGCGACGCCGUGUUCGUCACAUGCGACCAGGACGGCAUGCUCACCACUAUGGGGCUCUUAUCCCAGUCGCUCACAGGGUUCCUGCCAUCAUCCGUGGGAGAUGCCACACGCCUCUCCAAGCUAGGCUUCUACAACAACAUGCUGAGUGGUUCCAUUCCAGACACCAUCGGCAACCUUCUCUCACUCGAAUACUUGUGA